CCAAUAUGGCGGCGUCCACAGGAGCCUGGGAAAAUCGCUCAUGUCCGCCAACGGAGCCGUUUGGGGGCGCGUGCGGAGCCGCCUCCGAGCCUUCCCGGAGCAUCUGGCGGCCUGCGGGGCCGAGGCUUCGGCGUACGGCAGGUGCGUGCAGGCCUCCACCGCCCCCGGAGGCCGCCUGAGGAAGGAUCUGUGCGCGCGCGAGUUCGAGGCCCUGAGAAGCUGCUUUGCCGCCGCGGUAGGCCAAGAAGACCUGAUGGAGGCACCUAGGAAGGGCUGUGGGCACAGGUGCCUUGUACUGAUGACACACGGAGAGCUUUGGGGACUGAAAGAAGGUGUGGCUGGAGGCGGUCCUGGUGUUUAUGUUUCUUCUAGGCUUGAACCUUGGGCAGGGCAGGGUUUGUUUAUCGAUCUGAUUUCGAUUAAGAUGUAACAGAAACAGCAAUGAAGAUUAUUUAAUUCGG